GGCAAUCCAUGAAGGGGAUGCAGCAAAUUAGUAACGAGAUAAUAAUGGCCUGUAACUUACCAGUUUAGAUUGUAAGGUAAAGCUGAUAAGGGAGAAUCUAGGAGAUGUUUCAGUAAGAGAAAUUGCUGACUGAGCUUUGUGUAUGUUAAGUUCCUUCCUCCUUAUCCUUGAAACCCUAAUAGGAAUUUCUUUCUCCUCACUCUGAAGCAGGUGGAGAUGACAGACAGAACUCUGCAGGACCACCUGUAAUUUCACCGCUAAUAACAACAAAACUGUUGGAAUGUGCAAGGAGCUUUAUGGAUACUGGAAAGCUUAGAAAUCAUCUACAAACUCACACAGGGGGGAAACCAUUUAAAUGCAUGGAGUGUGGAAAGAGCUUCAAUGAUAGUAGAAACCUAAAGGUACAUCAACGAACUCACACAGGGGAGAAACCCUAUAAAUGUUUGGAGUGUGGAAACAGCUUCAGGCAAAUAGGUACCCUUCGAAAUCAUCAACGAACUCACACAGGGGAGAAACCCUAUAAAUGUUUGGAGUGUGGAAACAGCUUCAGUAAAAAGGGUACCCUUCAAAGUCAUCAACGAACUCACACAGGGGAGAAACCCUAUCAAUGCUUGGAGUGUGGAGACAGCUUCAGGCAAAAGGGCACCCUUCAAAGUCAUCAACGAACUCACACAGGGGAGAAACCCUAUCAGUGUUUGGAGUGUGGAGACAGCUUCAGGCAAAAGGGCACCCUUCAAAGUCAUCAACGAACUCACACAGGGGAGAAACCCUAUCAGUGUUUGGAGUGUGGAAACAGCUUCAGGCGAAAGGGUGCCCUUCAAAGACACCGACAAACUCACACAGGAGAAAAGCCAUUUAAAUGUAUGGAGUGUGGAAAGAACUUCACUAAUAGGGGGUACCUCAGAAAACAUGUGGUAACUCACAGAGGGGGAAGGCCAUAUAAAUGUAUGGAGUGUGGAAAGAGCUUCAUUCAAAACAGUGCCCUUCAAAGUCAUCAAGUAACUCACACAGGGGAAAAGCCAUUUAAAUGUAUAGAGUGUGGAAAGAGCUUUGGUCUGAGUAAUAACCUUAGAAGACACCAACGAAUUCACACAGGAGAAAAACCAUUUGAAUGUAUACAGUGUGGAAAGAGCUUCACUGAUAGGCAAAAUUUAAGAAGACAUCAACAGACUCACACAGGAGAAAAGCCGUUUAAAUGUAUGGUGUGUGGAAACAGUUAUACCCAGAAUGCAUACCUUAAGUUACAUCAACGAACACACAUGGGGGAAAGACCAUAUAAAUGCAUGGAGUGUGGAAAGUGUUUCCAUGAAAAGAGAGGCCUUGGAAAACAUAAACGAAUUCAUAUAGGAGAAAAAUCAUAUAAAUGUAUGGAGUGUGGAAAGACUUUCAGUAUGGGUUCAGCACUUAAUAUUCACCAUCGAAUCCACACAGGAGAAAAAUCAUAUAAAUGUAUAGUAUGUGGAAAGACCUUCAGAAGAAGCAAUAAGCUUAGAUUACACCAACGAACUCACACAGGGGAGAAACCAUUUAAAUGUAUGGAGUGUGGAAAGACCUUCAGUCGUAAAGAUAAGCUUUCAUCGCAUCAACAGACUCAUACAAGUUGAAGACCAUUCCAAUGUAUUGAGUGUGAAAAGACCUAUAGUUGCAAUGAUAUCGUUAGAUACAUCAACAAACUCACACAAUGGAAAAACCAGUAUAUUGUACGGUGUGGAAAGUGUGUGUGUGUGUGUGUGUGUGUGUGUGGUUUUUCAUAUCAGAUAUCUUCCCUCCUCCCCUUUGUUGGUCCUAUUGUAAAUCAUUUCUUCCUGCAUCUUUUAUAAUAAUCCAAAUCUUUUACAUCUCUAUUAUGCCCAAAGUUCACCAUUAAACUACAAGUUUAUUCCAAUCCUAGAAACAAUUUUAGCUUUUUACAAUGGUUUUUAAUAUAGUUUGUAAAUUUUCCCCAGUCCUUAUUAAAGUUUACUGUUCCUGA